AUUGUUUAUUAGGAUCAAAAAGUAGUAAAUACUAAAUACUAACUACCGUGAUAUAAUAAACUAAUAUUAAACUAAGUUUAUUAUAUCAUGGUAUUAUAGUUCUAAGUUCAUUUUUAGCUAAUGACUAUGAACAAAUAAUAUAAUAUUUUGUAAUAACUAUUGAAUAUUAUAUUAUAAAUUGUAAAUAAAAAGAAUCUAGUCACUCAGUAAACAGUACAGUACUAAGGUUAAACAAUUCUCAGCUUAUAAUAUUUAAUUUUAAGCUUUUUGAACUAUCGAGUCUCAACGACAUUGCUAAUUUGAGAAUUUAAAUGUCAAAUGACCUUAUGAAUUUCACUAUGCUUCAUGCUAAUACUAUAAAAGUCAAGUGUGACUGGCAGUCAAACGUUUGUGGAUUGGACAUCGAAAACUGUGUUGUGACUCGUCCAAAGCAAUCUUACACUGAUGCCAAAAAUCUUGAUAUCUUGCAAUCAAUACAGGAAUUUGAUUGUAAGAGUGUGAAUUUUGAGAAACCUGAACAUUUAAGUGACCUAUUCAUAAAUAUCAAUAGUGAUCCGAUGUAUGUAAUCGAUUCAAUAGCUGUGUGUUCUGAGGCCAGGAUCAUCGAACUAUUUGCAAAGACAGGAGAAUAUUUGUCUAUACAUCAGUCUAUAAGUCACAGUGAUUUUGAUGGAUUACAAAUGUACUCUCAUUUGAUACCCAUCGACAGUACAGAAUGUGCUUUGAAAUUAAAACAAUUUAAGGAUUCCGGUUUCAUUUGGAUUUUUGGCAUAAUUAUUUAUUUAACCGAGAUGAAAGAGCAUCCUAACAAAUUCUUGGGCCCUAUAAAUAUGCAGAAUGUUCAAAAUUUGUUGGGAUCAAAACCAUUAGACUUAAAUGCUUUAAAACUAUUUUCUUCAUUAAAUCUUAAGCAAUCAAAAUCAAUUAAUAAUGACAUGUUAAUGUCGAAUUUUAAUAAUGAGGAAAGCUCCAAAUUUUCAAAUAGUAAUCCAGAGGGCAAUCAAUUCCUAUCAAAUAGUUUCAAACAUUUUGAAAAAAAAGUAGAAGACAAACUUCAAACUAUGGCUGUUCAAAUGAAUACAAUUGAGAAUAAAAUUGAAACAUUAAAUAAAAAGUUUGACUUGUUAUUAAGUGCACUUUGUGAUAAGAAUAUUUUGUUAUAAUAUUGCUUUGUUUAAAUGGUUACUGUAAUUCACAAACUAUGAAAUGGUUUUUAUUUUAUUUUUAAUGUAUAUUUUAAUUUUAUUGAAUACACAGACUGAAAUAUUUAACAUAAAAA